AUGAUGAGUUUCGCAAUGGUCUUGUGGCAUGAGCUCAUGCAUAUUAACAUUAUUGGCUACAAUGCUGUAGAGCCCUAUGUUAUGAAGAAUGCUGGGGAAUUCAUGCAUCUUGCUACGCUAUCAAGUAUUGAAGAUUUAACAACCUAUGAGAAGAAGAAGGUCAAGAAUGGCAGUAAGGAGGAAGAGAAGGACGUACCGACUUUAUACUACGGCCCUUUAAACACGAGGAAGCUUGCCACAGGCCCGAACGCAAAGCAGGCAAUCAUGAAUGCCGAUAAUCACGCCUGGUUUGCAACAGAGCUUUACUUUACCGUCAUGUGCAAGAAGAAGUUCAAGCCGCCUGUUAACAACAUUAAUGUCCCUGCUGCAGUGUGCGGUAAGAAGGAAGGCUGCGAAAUUAUGUAA